UCAUGUUGUUAUCUUGUAGAAAGUUCAGCAAAUAUGGCGUCAGUAUUUACUUAUUUUAUUUGAUUAAUUACUGUUUUGGACUUAUAAAUCAAUUCACAAUUAAUUAGACCCGUUUUAUAUACAAUACAGUGUUACUGACUAAAAUGGAUCCACACAAUGAAGACGAAGAAUAUGUACCAAAAUCUUCUUCUAAACAAAGUAAUGUACUGCCAUUGGGAUGUAACGAAAGAACAAUGAACUUAAAUCCACUUAUUUUAACAAACAUUCAAAGCUCACAUUAUUUCAAGGUAAAUCUGUAUGAAUUGAAAACCUAUCACGAAGUUAUAGACGAAAUCUAUUACAAGGUGACCCACUUGGAGCCAUGGGAAAAGGGUUCAAGAAGGACAUCAGGACAAACAGGAAUGUGUGGCGGAGUACGCGGUGUUGGCGCAGGGGGAAUAGUCUCGACUGCAUAUUGCCUGCUCUACAAACUUUUUACAUUAAAACUAACAAGGAAACAACUAAAUGGUCUCAUUACUCAUUGUGAUUCACCUUAUAUAAGAGCUUUAGGGUUCAUGUAUAUAAGAUACACGCAGCCCCCAGCUAAUCUGCUUGAUUGGUAUGAUGCCUACCUUGAGGACGAAGAGGAAUUAGAUGUGAAAGCAGGUGGGGGUCAAACCAUGCAGAUUGGGCAGAUGUUACGGCAAUGGUUAAUAAAAUUAGAAUGGUUUUCAACACUCUUUCCAAGAAUCCCGGUUUCAAUCCAGCAAAAAAUUCAAAAACAUUUAGAGGAAAGAUUUCCAUCUAGGCCUAUUCAAUCAGUGCCUAAAGAUAAGACCUGGGACAGGGAAAGAAAUGUUAGGGCAUAUGAACGCAACAGGGACUUGAAAGAAGACCACACCAAAGACUUUCUAAGGGACGAUCGUGCUCGAGAUAAUACCUAUUCCAGAAAUGACAGGGAACGUGAUUACAAACGAAGCCGAGAAAGGGAGUCGUCUCGGGAAUAUAGAGAGAGGGAUAACAGGGAUAAAUAUAAAGAACGAGAUCGGGUUCGAAAAAGUAGGGACGGAGAUUAUGAAAGAAGUAAGCAUAAAGAGAGAAGGCAAAGGUCGAGGAGUCGAAGCAGAGAUAAGAGUCCUCGAAGGGAUCGUAGUCCUUCUGGAAGAGACAGAGAAAGAGAGCGGGUUCAGUCUAAAUACAGACCAAGGGAUGACAAAUAUCGAUGAAAUUUUGCAUUUUGAUAGUUGUGUGGCAGUUGUAUUAAUAAGAACUUUUACACAGUUAUUUUUCUUUUACAUUGAAUUGAUUUGCAAUUUGUAAAGUAUUGAUUUAAUUUGAUAUAAGGACAUGUACGUAUGUGUACCACUACUGCAUUAGAACACACCAAUAAAUAUACAAUAAUUAAGCA